AUGAGGUUUUCUCACUUUUUGAAAUAUAAUGCUGUACCAGAAUGGCAAAACCAGUACAUGGAUUACAAUGAACUUAAGAAUCUAAUUUACACGUUGCAAGCUGAUCAAAUAAGGGAAAAUGGAGGAGCAUCUCAGGGUCCCAGUAAUAAUAAUAUUUCUGAAAGUUCAUUUGAAAAUACACCGUUACCUAAUGAUCACAAUAGUUCAAAAAAUGGUAUUAAGGCAAAAUUGAAAGAUAGACUUCCAUCAAGAUUUUUUAGGAAGCAUGGAAGGAACAAUGAAUCCAAUCGUAGUGGAACUCCUGACGUACAAUUGGAAACUAUAGAGUUGGAGGACUAUCCUAAAGAAUUGAGUUCUUUAAAAAAACAUGAAAAGAAUGAUAGGGAUUUUACCCCUGCACAAAAAUUCAAACAGAAAUUUUUUGACUCCAGACGCUCUUCUGCUUCAUCGAGUGAUGACAGAACUUUGUUUAGUCCGUACGAUACUUUUGUCGAUAGUUUAGUUAAUGAGAAAGUCAAAAUCGACGAUUUCUAUAAGAGAACAGAAACCAAGUUUUUUGCUAGACUUCAAUCAUUAGUGAAAGACCUUGAAAAAGAAGGUCUAGUUGAUUUUGGUCUUCAAAAUAUGUCUAGUAAAGUAGCUGAAGUAUCUGCAGAAUUAGAUGAACAAAAUAAUUCUAUGAAUAAAGGAUUUAAUCUUCAUUAUUCUAAUGAUCAAAAUGAAUUGAGAAGUAGAUUUGAUGCUUCAGAGGACAUCGAUGAGGAGGAUAUAGAUGGUAUUUCUACAAAUCAAGAAAAUACUGCCUUACUAGGAUAUUCUCAAGUGAACAUAAAGUCACAAAAGAGAUCUCUUUUGAAACAUUCAGUAAUAAAUUUAUACAUUGACCUAUGUCAAUUGAAGUCUUUCAUCGAACUAAAUCGCAUUGGCUUUAGCAAAAUUACCAAAAAAUUUGACAAGGUUCUUCAUAUGACCACAAGAGCUGAUUUAAUUCAAUCUGAUGAAUUUUUUCAAGACACUUACAUCUUUCAAGAUGAUACACUAAUAGCGUUGGAUGAAAAGAUAGAUUCACUAGUACAUUUCUACGGUUCUAUCGCAACACGUUAUAAAAAUUCUGAUACGUGUAAAGAAGAACUAAAAUCAUACUUACAUGAUCACAUUGUUUGGGAAAGGAGUAAAACGUGGAAGGAUAUGCUAGGACUACUUUCGCAAGAUAGGGACAUUAAAACUGACCUUGGCAGUGGAUCAAUAGGAACCGAAAAAAUCUCUAACUUAGAUCUAAGUUAUUAUAGCUGGAAAAUUCCAACUCCAAUCCAUUGGAAAUUUAUUCAGAUAAACUAUUUCAAGAUUCCUAAAUUAUUUUUCACACUGAAGGCUUUGAAAAUUGCCUUUAUCAUAGUUUUUACCGGUAUUUUAUUGGGUGUGAAAACUUUAAAUGAUAGAGUUGAGGGUCGUUGUCUGGCGUUGGUUGAGUGUUGUGCAUUAUUAUGGGCUACAGAAGCAAUUCCCCUACAUGUGACAGCAUUUCUCGUCCCUCUGCUAACAGUAUUGUUCAGAGUUUUGAAGAACAGUGAUGGUAGCACUAUGUCUGCAGCAGCGGCUUCCUCUGCAAUUCUGAGUGAUAUGUGGUCCUCCACCAUUAUGAUCCUUUUGGCUGGUUUCACAAUUGCAGAAGCUCUAUCACAAUUUGAUAUAGCCAAAAUUUUAGCAUCCUGGUUACUGGCAUUUGCGGGUACAAAACCUAGAAACGUUCUUUUAAUGGCCAUGUGUGUGGUAUUCUUUUUAUCUAUGUGGAUUUCUAAUGUCGCAUCACCUGUCCUAACAUAUUCACUUGUAGCGCCAUUGCUGGAAUCACUUCAUAGUGAUGAUCAAUUUGCGAAGGCGUUGGUAAUGGGAGUGGCCUUAUCAGCCGAUAUUAGUGGUAUGUCAUCACCAAUUUCUUCCCCCCAGAACAUUAUAUCGAUGGAAUAUUUAUCUCCCUAUGGUAUUGGUUGGGGUCAAUUUUUUGCUGUUGCCUUACCCUGUGGUAUUUUAGCCAUGCUUCUCACAUGGGGUCUACUAUGCCUAACCUUCAAGAUAAACGGCACAAAAUUAGAGAAAUUCACGCCUAUAAAGACAACACUGACUUUGAAGCAAUAUUAUAUCGUAUUCGUUACAUUGGGAACCAUAUUACUAUGGUGUGUUGAAUCAAAAAUUCAAAGUGCUUUCGGCUCAUCAGGUCAAAUCGCAAUUUUUCCUAUUGUAUUAUUCUUUGGAACCGGUAUAUUAAGUACGAAGGAUUUAAAUACGUUUCCAUGGUCUAUUGUUAUCCUUGCCAUGGGUGGCAUAGCAUUGGGGGAUGCAGUUUCUUCAUCUGGAUUAUUGAAAACAAUUGCAACUUCUUUACAAAAAAGAAUAGAAAACGAUACCUUACUUGCGAUCCUUUGUAUUUUUGGUAUACUAAUGUUAGUUGUCGGUACAUUUGUGUCUCAUACUGUCUCUGCAAUAAUUAUCAUUCCAUUAGUCCAAGAGGUUGGUGAAAAGUUAAGCAGUCCAAAAGCAGCACCUGUCUUGGUCUUUGGUUGUGCCCUGCUUGCUUCAUGUGGUAUGGGUCUAGCCUCUUCCGGGUUCCCCAAUGUGACUGCCAUAUCAAUGACAGAUCGCGAAGGUAAGAGAUAUCUUAAUGUUGGGACUUUCAUAUCAAGAGGGGUACCUGCAUCUAUCAUAGCGUUUCUAUGCGUUAUAACGAUGGGUUAUGGUAUUAUGAUAUCGAUAGUGAAAGGAGUAACUACCGUCUGA